AUGGGUAAUGUAAAUUCACAUUUAAAAAAUAAACGAUUAUCAAUAAAAAACCCGAAAUUUCACCAAAUAGAAUCGGAACAAGGAAGUCAAGAAAACCUAUUUUAUUUAUCAUCGAGUGAUAUCGAUUCUAUUGAUAGAUUACAUAUGUAUCAUUUUGUUAAAAAACAUAUAUUUCAAAAUAAUUUUUCUUCCCCGAUUGAGGAUAAAUUAAUUGAAGGAGAGUGUAAGGUUUUAGAAAUCGGGUGCGGCCCUGGAACAUGGUUAUUGGAUUUAUCAAACAAAUAUGAAAAUUCUUAUUUUAUUGGAAUCGAAAAUAAACCAUUAUAUCCGCAAGAGAUAAAACCAAAUAAUCUUGAAUUCGUCGAGGCCGAUGUAACUGAUGGAUUACCAUUUCACGAUAACGAAUUUGAUUUUACACAUGCAGAAAAUAUGGGCCUUGUUUUAACACCAGACCAAUGGGAUUUUGUUCUUUCUGAGCUCAUCAGGGUAACGAAACCAGGUGGAUACAUUGAAAUAUCUGACAGACGUAAUGGUCAUGUUGGCGAUGGUCCUAUUUUUCGUAAAAUAUCAGAUGCAAUGUGGUCAACUUUUUCAAAACAAAAUAUAGAUACUAAUUUGAUAUAUAAUCUAGAAUCAAAAUUUGAAUUACAACCAAAUAUAGGAGAAGUUCAUCGAAUUGAAAAAGAUCUCAUUAUAGGUCCCAAUGGUGGUAAAGCUGGGUUGAUUAUUCAUGAUAUUGGUAUGUCUUAUUAUACAUCGGAAAUGUCAAUUAAAAAUCUAAGUGAAGAAAUGGGAAUUUCUGAAGAAGAAUACAAACAUAUGAUAGAAAACGAUCUAAUUGAGGAAAUCAGUCAAACAAGCCCUCUUGAUCUCCAUCUUAGAUUUUGGGCUCAAAAACAAUUAUCGCAAUAAUGAUUAUUUUUUUUAUUUUUUUCUUUUCUGCUAUGAAUAAAUUAAAAUAUAGUGAUAAAAUUUUUUUUUCCAGAAUCUACUAGUGGACUAUUAUAAAUGAAUCAAUCCAAUUUUUCGACUAAAAAUAUAAAGUCACAAUGUUUACGUUUAAAGUGUAAUUUAUUUCUUUUACUUAUAACACAACCAACAUUCGUAGAUCGAACUUAAAAAAUAAAAAUUGGCUUAAUAAAAUGGUCUUAAAUGAUCUGGUUCAACUACCUGGAAGUAUGG